UACACUGGAACUGAUUGGAAAGAUGCCAGUUAUAGGCAAGGUCAUUCCUGUCCUGUGGCUUAUCGUGUUGGCCGCAGCGAAUCUUGUAUUCACCCAAGCCGCUUCAUCCGAUUGUGAGAAUCCUCCAUUAGACAUAUCUAUCGUGAUCGAUCAAACAAAGAGUGUGGGAGCUCAAAACUAUGACGACAUGUUGGAUUCGGUCAUGGCCCUCAUUUCGAAGUAUGAUGUCGGUGAGGAAAAAACACACUUCUCCAUCGUAACUUAUGCCGGGGAGGCAGAAGUUCGUGUCAGUUUUGACGACCCGAAGUAUCAUAGUAAAGUGGCUCUUAAUCAACUCAUAGAAGAGAUGAAGGACAAGGACAAGUUGGGGAGCCCAACUAGGACCGACAAAGCACUGAAACUAGUCGGCGAGGAAGUGUUCAACGAAAAGAAUGGAGAUCGACCAGAAUCACCAAACGUCAUGAUCAUCUUUACUGACGGCGGAACCCAUAAGACGUCCGAGCCCUACAGCACGGUGCUACCAACUCUUGAGAAAGAAAGAGUACAGCGUGUGGCUGUUGGGAUUGGUAAGGACAUUAAGCAGAAAGAGCUUACAACUAUUGCUGGAGACGAGAAACGUGUGGUUAAUGCCAAAAAUUUCGAAGACUUGAACAACCAGUUGGACAAUAUUCGCGAAGCUACUUGCAACAUUGAUGGGGGAUACACCGAGUGGUCUGAGUGGAGUGAGUGUACAGCGACUUGUGGUGGGGGAACUCGUUAUCAUUCAAGAACCUGUACCAACCCUUCUCCAAAAAAUAGAGGAAAAACUUGCGAGGAACAAGACUUAGGUCCUGCUAAGGAAUCUGAAGAAUGUAACACCCAAGAAUGUCCCGUACCUGGUGGUUAUACAGAUUGGUCUGAAUGGGGGGAAUGUAGCGUGACAUGUGGUGGAGGAGUUCAGACAAGAAAACGGACUUGUACCAAUCCCCCGCCGUCGGGUGUUGGGCCAACGUGUGUUGAGCAAAACUUGGGACCAGCAGAGGAACAAAAGAAAUGCAACCCACACGAUUGCGGUGAAGAUGGCAACUGGUCCCCCUGGGGUUCCCCAGGUCCUUGUGAUAAGACCUGUGGGGGAGGCACUCAAAUGAGAAAAAGAACAUGCACUAAUCCGCCUCCAUCCGGGGACGGUGAAGACUGUAAAGGGAGCAGUACUAAAAAGGAGCCGUGCAAUACGCAGCCAUGCCCAACACCGGAACCGCCUCCACCCAGACCUUGCAAGGAACAUCUCGACGUUGGUGUCAUUGUCGAUUCCUCCAACAGCAUCAAGACUGGUGAUUACAGUAUAGCUCGUGAUUACUUGGUUCGACUGGCUCAAAGACUAGAGAUUUCCGAAGCUGGAACACAUAUGGCGAUCCUUCUCUACAGUUGGGAAGCACAUCUCUGGCACAGCUUUACAGAACCGCAACAUAUAGCAGCUCUAACACACAAGGCCAAAACCUUACCGCACAUUCGAGGUGGAACAAGAACAGACAGAGCCCUGGAACUAGCAGCAGAAAAAUUUUUCGGUUGGGACAACAGUGGAGACAGACCCGAUAAACCAAAUGUGCUACUUGUGCUAACUGACGGUGACACGAAUGAAGGGAGCAAGCCAUUCAGUCAAGUUAUACCUCCUUUGAAUGAUGCGGGUGUGAGGAGAAUUGCUGUCGGAAUCGGAAGUGGAAUAGACAUCUCGGAGCUCAGGCAAAUUGCUAGCUCCCAUGAUGAUGUACUUCAGGUGUAUGGCUACCAGCAGUUAAUUCCUAAACUAGAGUUCAUUAUGACUAUGGCUUGUGGAGGUCAGCAUCCAGGUGAUUGUGGUAGCUGGGGAUCUUUUGGAAGCUGCAGUAAGACAUGUGGUGGCGGAGCGCAGGUUCGCACAAGAAGUUGUCCGCCUAACAGUCUACAUUUAAGAAAACAAAGGAAGCAUUGCAACACAAACCUUUGCCCAGGAAAAGAGCCCUGUGUAGACAAAGAGGGCGAUUGUGCUGUUAGAGCUGCUGCAGGAGGAUGCUGGAAGAACAAUACUGUACCUUACACACCGUACAAAACGAUCUACGUUGGCAGGAAGUUUCAUAUGUGGGAAACUUGUCCAAAGAGCUGCAGGCGAUGCAACGUCGAUACCUCUUGUCAAGAUGACGAUCCCUAUAUUUGUCCUUGGUGGUCAGUAGCUGUAAAAAAUUGGAAGAAAUGCGGCUAUUCGUGGAAACAAGGCUUUCCUACGUACACCCUAACAGACUUGUGCAAGAAAAGUUGUGGCAAAUGCAGUGGUGGGGGAGGAGGAGGAGAAGAAGAAGAAUGUCAGGAUUCUGACGCCUCUUACUGUUGGUCUAAGGUCAGGUGGCCAGGCUGCCGCAAUUAUUUUGUGAGAGUCAAAUGCAAGCGGAGCUGUCGAGUUUGCAGCGGAGGUAGUGGAGGUGGUGGUGGCCACCGCCCUGGCUGGGGACGUCGAUAAAACGUGGCACCAAGAUUAGAUUUCUGGUUUUCCGAUAAUUAUCAUGCAAGCCGAAAAACGGAAAACGAAGAGAAUAGGAGAUACGUCAUGGCUAUUGUAGGCAGGGAUAGAAAUAAAUAUUGAAAUUGAG